AGAAGGGAGCAGAAUGAUUAAACGACAAAGGAAGGAAGCAAAAGAGUGAAACUGAAACAAGAGGGCCAUUCACAAGGACUGUCCCAUCCGACGCGUCGCUUUUUAGGGUCCGUAAGCCAGCUCAGGAUGCCGGAGUCGGCGGGGGGAUCCGCCGGCCAGACGGAGCCUGCAGGACGGACAAACGGCAGAGGGGUCCAGGUGUGGCCGGACGGCUGCAGGUACGAGGGACAGUUCGUGGAAGGACUGAAACAAGGCAUCGGGGUCUUCACCUGGCCCAACGGAGAGGUCUACGAGGGCUCCUUCUACAGGGACUGCCGCCAUGGGGAAGGCGUGUUCUCCUGGCCGGGAGGGGCCAGGUUUGUAGGGAAGUUCUACCUGAACCAGAGGGAAGGCUACGGUAUCCAGGAAUUCCCAAACGGCACCGUAUUCCAGGGCCUGUAUCACAGCGGCCAGCGGUUCGGCCCGGGUGUGGCCACCUACCCGGACGGCCGGCAGGAUGUGGGGCUGUGGCACCAGGACAGACUGAUCAGGCUGUACCGGCACCUGCCGGGCGGCGUCACGCUGAGUGACUUUCCAGGGCAUGUGGCUCUGCUCGGAGGGGGGGUGGCUGCCUUGGACUCCGCAGUACCCAGGCAUGGGGGCAGAGAGCUCCCCUGCGCAGACCCUGCCCUCCCAUCCGGCCAGAUGCUGGGAGACACUCGCUUUGUCUUGCCCCCCGGGCUGCUGGGCUACUCCGUGGACUCGGACCACCUGCCCCUGUUGAGGUGCCUGCGUGCCGAGCUGAACCGCCUCUUUUUCGGGGGAAGGGGCGGGGAGCCGGAUGAUGACCCCACACUGCCGCUCGAGCAGAGGAUUCAGGAGCACGUGCAUAGACACAGGUUUGAAGCGGUGGCCCAAGACUGGGAUGUGGCCGCUGUCCUGGCAGGGGCCCGGGAGCAAUUCAGCACCAAGGGGCCCCGGGAGGAGAGUGCGGAACAUCUCAUUGUCGGGGCGGCGCAGGGGGACUGCCAGAGCGUUUCUAGGGCCCUGCGGGACGCGGUGCACCCCGACGUGGCUGACGCCCGCGGUCACACGGCCAUUCUCGCUGCCGCGGUGAAUUGUCACCGUGAUGUCAUCCAUAUGCUGCUGGACAGCGGCGCGGACGUGAACAAGCUGAGCGACGAGGGCGUGUCAGCCUUGGCGUCAUGCCUCCUGCUUUACUACCCCGUCCACACGCUGACUGAGACCUUAGCCGAGCGCCCCCCCAACAGGGGACCCUCUCCGGCACUGAUGGAGGAUUUCCCAGACAGUGACGGUUCCUCCUUCACGUUUGAGGGAAAAGUCAUGGGGGCUGCCACCAUUAGCCAAUCAGAACCUGAGAAAUGUGUCCCAACCACUGGGGGCAGUAGUAAGAUCGAUCACACUGGCGAAAUGGACCAUAUAAAGGACUUUAGAGGCACUGGUAGAUAUGAGAUCAAUCAUGUUGAUGCUGUCAGCACUGGCAGUGAGAUUGAUUGUGAAAAUGUGGUCGAUCUUGGCAGUGACGUCGACCGUGUAAAUGCAGUCAACCAUGAUAAUACAGUAGAUCCUGGCAGCAAGAUCGACUGUGAAAAUGUGGUUGACCUCGGCAGCAACUUUGACCCAGAUAAUGCAGUUGACCCUGGCAGCAACAUUGACCGUGAUAAAGAGAUUGACCCUGGCAGCAAGAUCGACUGUGAAAAUGUGGUUGACCUUGGCAGCAACUUUGACCCAGAUAAUGCAGUCGACCUUGGCAGCAACAUUGACCGUGAUAAUGAGGUUGACCCUGGCAGAAAUGUCAACCCCGACAACGUGAUUGAUCUAAGUGACCAGGUCGACCACGAUAUCGGGGCAGACUGCAGUGGCAAAAUUCACCUCCGUGAUGUCACUGAGCCUAGUGGUGAGGUCACCCUCCACGAGCAUGUGAACCUGAAGCACGGUCCCACACCAGCCGCCCCGUGCUGGUCCAAUGGGCAGGUGGGCCGCUCCAUCCGGGUGCUGGAUGGCAAUGUCUCCGUGGGGUCCGUACCCUGGGCCCGUGCCACUGGGAUGGAGGGGGGGAGUGAGACAGAUGACGACGAUUUCGAGUCCAUGCAGUCCAUGGCCAGCUUCCACGUCCAUGUGACGGAGGAGGCCUUCCAGAAGACUGCGGAGGGGCUGAGCCAUGCUGACCUGGGCAAUGCAGAGGAGACUGUGUGGAGGAUGGCCCGCAUGAAGAUGGAACACAGGGAACUGUGGGCCACCAUCGAACUGCUACUGGCCAGGGGGGCUGACCCCAAUGCCUGCAGGGUCCCUGUGCCCGCCCUGUUCCUGGCCAUCAAAGCUGGCCAUGUGCAGGGUGUGCGGCGCCUCCUGGAGGGCGGGGCCCGCACUGACAUCCCGUUGCCACCUGAGCGCAAAGGCCUGUACCCUCUGCACGUGGCGGCCGGCCUGCCGGGGCCUGAGGGACCCCAGAUCAUGGAGCUGCUGCUUGCCACUGCUGCUGACCCCGAUGUCAGGGCACAGGACGUCGAUGAGGUCUUCGAGCUGGACGAUGUGGCUGGGCGACCAGGCUCCUCCCCCUCACUUGUUGCCCCUCAGAGUGCCAGGGGGUCGCACUCUGGAUCCAGAAGCAACAUGGCCAGAUCCUCUGGACCCUCACCUCAGGGCUGCAUCCUACUCAGGGACCCCCCUGAGGAAGGGGGGAGGACAGCACUGCAUAUAGCUUGCCAGAGAGACACAGAUCAUGCUCACACACGAGACGUGGUCCGCAUCCUGCUUGCGCACAGGGCCAACACUGACCUCCUGUGGAGUGGCCACUCUCCCCUCUCAUUGGCCAUCGCCAGCGGUAACGACCUGGCUGUGGACGAGUUGCUUUCCGGGGGCGCGGACCCCAACCUACCUCUGGCCCGACAGUUGGGUAGCGCCUUGUGUGCCGUCGCCAACAUCGUCUACGACUCGGAGCGGCCGCGGCGGCAUAAAAGUGGGCUGCUGGAGAAGCUGGUCAGGGCCGGAGCAGACAUCCUGAUGCCCGUGGAGGUGAACGUGGGCAGGAGCAGCGCCAUGGGCACGGCUGUGGAUUACGCCCACUACUCCUACCAGCAGGACAGACGUCUCACUUGCACACCAUACCAUGCCCUAACUCUCUCCGAGAGAAAGUUGUACGACUCGCGUUGCCAGCUGCUAGACCAGAUGGGUGAUGUGAUGAGGCAGACAACAGUGUGGAUGGAACGCCAGCGGCUGGAGGAGGAGCAGAGGCAGGGUGUCUGCAGUGUCAGUCCAGUGCAGAAGUUUCUGUAUAUCGGAGCAGGGGCCAAACCUUCCCAAGUGUCCCAAGGAGAAGUCAUCCCAGCGGGAAGCCCCAUACCGGGGAGCAGAGCCCAGACAAAGACCUACAUCAGGAAGCCCUUGUUCAGCUACUGCUAUCAGUGUGGCCGCUCCGUGGGCGUGACCCUGAAAGCCUGCAGCCGCUGCCAGGAGGUCAGCUACUGCAGCGAGGCGUGCAAGGUGAAGUCCUGGGGCAACAGGCACCGGGAGGAGUGCGUCCGCCUCACGGGUCGGGUGAAAAACAGGAGCAGCACACAGGACAAAUCGAGAAUCGCCCACGCUGUUCUGGGGAAGAAGUCACCAUCCGAUCCCCCGCGAUCGCUGCCACUCACUGCAAACUACAGCUUCAUCUGAGACUCAGUUCUGGGAGUCAUCAGACUUAUCACAUGACAUGUGGCCGUCCAAUGAAGCAAAAGCAAUCAGGGUACUCUGAGGUUCCAGAGAAUCUUUGGAACACUGCCGUGAUCUGAAAAUAACAAUACAGCCACACUGUGAAAGAUGUGCAGUGAAUUUCCUUCCCCUCUGGAUGAUCUCACGUUUACCACGAGGUGCCAGUCUGGCAGGAAAGUCACUCUGCUCACGUCACAGCUAGUGAGUCGUGCCUGGUCGAAAAAACUUGUGCAAGAGUGACGCACGUUACACCUUUCUGCAAACCGCCUUUAAUUGGCAUAUAGUGUAUAUAUGAGUAUACAGCCAUGCACAGAAAGUGAACGUGAGUACUGAGCGUGUCACGAAAGCUCUGGAACGACAUACACAACCUGAGCUCAUAUGGGCUACGUUACUCACUGAAAUAUUAGCCGUAUACUUACUGAAAGGCAUGAAGUUGGCGGAGUAUAUAUACACAGCGUUGUGUGCCUUCAGAACAUGUAUACUCUCUUGUUUAGGGUAAAAAAAGGUACACAAAUGUCUGUUAAUGCACAAGUAAUCAUUACUCACUUUUAGAGGCGUUGCAACUGCUGUUGUGCCUUUAAAGGAGUACUUGAAUUUUGCAGUAGAUAUCACCAUUUGUUUUCUCUAGUGCUUGAUAACAUUUAUAGCGUGUAAGACUGAGGUUGACCUUUCUGCAUACUAACAAAGGCUAUUUUGUUUCUUCCAACCCUAUAAAAAAUAAACAGUAUAGAGCUUU